AUGUUUUGCAUAAGCGUUUCUGAAAAUUCUUUUGACAACCCAACUCGAAUUUUUCCCGAACUUGCCCUUGGAAAAGCAUUUGAUAUCAAUGCACAUUUCGUGGCUGCAGUCUCAGAAACCAAACUGCUUCUCCAUUGGCUCAAGUUCAACGAUUACACUUGUUAUGACCUUCCUGUUGACAAGGGGUCACGUGUCGCUAAUUACAAGAAAUUGAACUGCGUUGCCUGCCACCCAACCGAAGCCAUUGUCGCGACUGGUAACGUGCUCGGUGAAGUUAUGAUUUGGUGGAAUCUCACUACUGCUCCAUGCACUUUAUUCGGUGAAUCGGAGUUGCAUAAUGACGAUGAUGGCGAUAGUUCUGACGAAAGCGGUGAUGAGGGUGGACAUUUUCAUGCAAUCAAGAAAAAAGCCGGUUCCAACCCACGCCCUCUUCACCCCAAGCACGUCAAGCGCUCUGGUAUGCACUGGCAUCCAUCAGUCGUGACGGCUCUCGCAUUCACUGCUGACGGCAAGCAUCUUUACAGUGGGGGCGUGGAGGGUGUUCUGGUCAAAUGGGACCUUACUGAUUGUUUCGGUGGACACAAGAAUUGUCGAUUUCUUUCAAUGCUGAAUUCGCCGAUCAGGGAAAUAAGCUCACCUGAUGGCUUUUCCGAGGAUUGCGUGGUGGUGACCCUUGAACGGAAUUCGUUUUUGGUCUUGAACGGUGCUUUGGAAAUGGUCUACAGACACGAGGGUUUGGAUCAGAUGCCAACGCGUUGGAGACCAUUUGAAGCCCAAGGUGGACGUCUAGCAGUAAUUCCUCUUAAACUGAAAGGCAAGGAACGUCCAGAGAAGGGGUCGAAUGCUCUCCUUCUGCCCGGAGCUCUGGGAUGUCUACAGGUGGUCGAACUUGACAGUGGCCGAAUUGUAGACAUGAUCGACGUCAACCAGCGGCAUUACGUUAUGUGCGACGGUGUUCCAGCCCCACUUGUCUCUGGAGUUCUCUUGGUCGAUGCGUGGGAAGGGGGUGACUGGCUCGUCACGUACUCCGAGUUGCAGCUUCCGCGAAUGGACAAUCUCAAACUCAGUCUGGUCGGCUACUCCACCGAUAACCAGGCCCAACUCAUUUGGUGGAGACGUGUUUGUGGGGAAAACGGCCAAUCACGAUUUGAGUCUGUUUUCGGUGAAUCACUCGCCUACUUGAACUGCCAGGCGUCGGACUUGAAAUUCUUCCGUCAUCCAGACACAUCCGUCGGUGGAUUCCAGACGGUUUUGCUGCUUCGUGAUCGUCGGAUUCUAGUAUGGCAGUACAACCCAAACUCUGCAACACAGCUAACUCAGCGUCCGUGGAACCAGACGUCGUGUGUUCUCGCCGAAACGCUCAAUCCCUCGACCCUCGAAGAAACCACGCGCCUUUCGCCCUCUCGACUGGUUUGUUUGAAAAACUGUGACGAUGAGGCGAAGGUGACAAAGACACGGGAAGAGGCUAUGGCACUGCCAUCACCACGGUGUAUUGUCGUCGUGGCCUCUGGAACACGUCUCAAGUCCUACAAUUGGAUCCGUUGGCAGUCAGGUGCGUCAUUGAUGGACGAGUUCCUGCCGCUGCACGCCUAUGACCUCACCAAGUGGACAGCCUGGCAGUCGCCUCGCACGAUCCCCAAAAUCGCAAAACUUGCGAUUUUCGAUUCCACACAAAACCUCCUCGCAGCACUCUGUUGUUCUGCGUCGUUGGGGAAAAAUUCAGACCAAACAGGGGCUCUCUGUGUGAUUUCCGUGGAUCGGAAAGGCAAGCUCCGACCGGUUUCCGGGCAUUUUGACUCAAAUCUGACCAACGCUUUCGCUGUCCACCCUUCACGGGGUCUGGUCGCUGUGGGGAUGUCGGAUGGCUCCUGUAAGCACUCCUCCCACGCCCCUGACGGAGUCGAUUGGGCUUUUUUCGAGUCUGGCACCGUCUUCAACGGUAACCUCAACGUGGUCUCCAAGUUCGCGCAGGUGCCUUUACUACCCUUCUGUGAUCGUCAACGCAUCCAGCGGUCGAAUCGGAAGCAGGCCGACUUGGCUUCAACCAAACCUGAAGCACUGGCGUUCCUAAUGGACAGCUCCGAAGAAUCCGUCUUUCCCGCGUUAGCAGCCCUGGUGGUUACAAAAUGGGGUCGCGAAUUUGGUCGAAGGGAUUUAGUCGUUUACGAGGACGUUGCUGCCAGGCCUGUGGAACCUAGGAAAGUCAACAACGAGGUGGAUUCACGGACGACAGCAGAGAAGCCGACUGGCCUCCUAGUUCGAGCCGAACCCGUCGAAGAAUACGAGGAUGCCGAGGACUUGAAGAAGAGUGAGGACUUUGUGCAUCCGUUACUGCCGGUUCACAGAAAACGCCGACUAGAAACCGAUGCUGAUUUGGAGAAGACCUUCCGCGAUAUCAGCCAGUACCCGAUUGAUUGUGCACCGUCACCAGAACAACUUCUGGCUCAAAUGUUCAAGAAGCCAACGAUCUGA